GUGACGUAAAAAUUGCGACCCACCCACUUCCCCACUACUGUCGCAAAGUCGAGUUAGCAAACAGGAAAAGUGGGAAAAUGGCGGCUGUUCAAGAUGGGCCGAUUGAGCCGGAGUCGGAGAAAGAAAUCAAAACUGAGAUCUUGAACGAUGCUGCGGGAAAUCUUGCUGCAGCUACUGCUGUUGGAGGGGUGUUGUCUUCACCUCCGGUUUCUGCGGCAGUGGGAACCCCCAAGCCGACCUCUACACCUACAGAAGGCAAAGAUCAGCAGACUCUGUUGGCUGUCCUGCAAUUCCUCAAGAAGAACAAAUUGGUGGAGUCCGCGGAAAUUUUGCGCCGGGAGGCCGGGCUGUUGGAAGAAUCCGAGGAUUCUCAGGGUCCAGAUGCCGGAGGAGCAGGAUCGGGAGUAGGGCCGAGUGUAGAACCUGACAGCGGGGAUGCUACAUCUCUUCUUAGCCGAGUUUCCUGUGCUUCUACUCCUAGCGCAACACCAACCCCGAUUCCUGCAAAAGUUACAGUGGCGGCUGGUGGAGGGGACAAUCAGCCUGACGUGAGCGUUGUUUUGUCGGCCUACAGCCAGCAGGGGGACCCGGCGCUUUACCAGGUUUACUACAGCGGGCUGAAGAAAUUCAUCGAGUCCGUGCUGGACUGUCACAGAGCGGAGCUGUCCCAGGUCUUCUACCCUCUGUUCGUGCACAUGUACCUGGAACUGGUCUACAACAACCACGAGAAUGAGGCCAAGUCGUUCUUUGAAAAGUUCCAUGGCGAUCAGGAGUGUUAUUACCGGGACGACUUGCGGGUCCUCUCCGGGCUGACCAAGAAGGAGCACAUGAAGGGGAACGAGACGCUGCUGGAUUUCCGCACCAGCAAGUUUGUCCUGCGCAUCUCCCGGGACUCCUACCAGCUGCUGAAGAGGCACCUUCAGGAGCGCCAGAACAACCAGAUCUGGAACAUCAUCCAGGAGCACCUGUACAUCGACAUCUUCGAUGGCAUGCCGCGCAGCAAGAGCCAGAUCGACAGCAUGUCCGGGAGUCUGGCUGGAGAGGCCCGGAGGGAGGCAAACAAAGCCAAGGUGUUCUAUGGUCUGCUGAAGGAGCCUGAAAUUGAGGUGCCUUUGGAUGAUGAGGAUGAGGAGGCAGAGAAUGAAGAAGGUAAACCCAAGAAGAAGAAACCCAAGAAGGACAGCAUGGGGUCAAAGAGCAAGAAACAGGACCCCAAUGCUCCAGCACAGAACAGAAUUCCUCUUCCGGAGCUGAAGGACUCUGAUAAGCUGGAUAAAAUCAUGAACAUGAAGGAGGCCACCAAACGGGUCCGCCUGGGCCCAGACAACCUGCCAUCAAUUUGCUUCUACACCUUUCUCAACGCAUACCAGGGUCUUACUGCAGUAGACUUCACUGAUGACUCCAGUCUGAUCGUGGGGGGCUUUGCUGAUUCCACAGUGCGAGUGUGGAGUGUCACGCCGAAGAAACUACGGGGAGUCAAAUCAGCAGCCGAUCUGAGUCUGAUUGAUAAAGAGUCAGAUGAUGUGCUGGAGAGGAUAAUGGAUGAGAAGACCGCCAGUGAGUCCAAGAUUUUAUAUGGCCACAGUGGCCCAGUCUAUGGCACCAGCUUCAGCCCUGACAGGAACUAUCUGUUGUCAUGUUCUGAAGAUGGCACUGUGAGACUGUGGAGUCUUCAGACCUUCACCUGUCUUGUGGGGUACAAAGGACACAAUUACCCUGUAUGGGACACACAGUUCUCUCCUUAUGGCUACUACUUUGUAUCUGGAGGCCAUGACCGAGUUGCUAGGCUUUGGGCUACAGAUCACUACCAGCCUUUAAGGAUGUUCGCUGGGCACCUGGCUGAUGUCACUUCCACUCGUUUCCACCCCAACUCCAAUUACGUUGCCACUGGAUCAGCUGAUCGAACCAUCAGGCUUUGGGAUGUUCUGAAUGGCAAUUGUGUCCGUAUCUUCACCGGUCACAAGGGUCCAAUACAUUCGCUGGCUUUCUCUCCAAAUGGCAAGUUUCUGGCAUCUGGAGCUACAGAUGGAAGAGUGCUGCUAUGGGACAUUGGCCAUGGUCUGAUGAUUGGCGAACUGAAAGGACACACAGACACUGUCUAUGCACUUAAGUUCAGCAGAGAUGGAGAGAUUCUAGCAUCAGGCUCAAUGGAUAAUACAGUGCGGUUGUGGGAUUCUGUGAAAGCUUUUGAUGAUAUAGAGACUGAUGAUUUCACUGCAGCUACUGGACACAUUCAUCUGCCUGAAAAUUCCCAGGAAUUGCUGCUUGGGACCUAUAUGACCAAAUCAACGCCUGUAGUACACCUCCAUUUCACACGCAGAAACUUACUUCUUGCUGCAGGAGCCUAUAAUCCCUAGCAGUGGUUUAUUUUUAUUUUUUUUUUUGUGUACAACGAACAUUGUUUCCUCUGGGGAACUGAAGAGACCAGAGAAAUCACUGUAAGAGCUUGUAAAGCUACAAUGAAGCAAGUUCCGGUCUACCAGUCUUAAAGAUUUGGUGCUUCAAGAUUAUUCUACAAGAUAUAUAUGGCAAACAUUUUUCCACCUUUUUCACCAUUGUUUCCUGAUGUAAAUCACAAAGGGUACAACUACUUUUUUGCCACAGAUUUUACAUUUCCACAUAUUAGCUGGUUCUUUACUUUCUGAAAUUAUUUUAAGAUUUCCCUAAACUUAUACUGGAUACACAAGAAUCCAAUGCAACCUGUACUGGUCAUUAAAGGUGCCCCCUUUUUUAUAAAUAUAUACCGUCACUGCCAGAUGUAACAGAUUCUCCCCUCAAUGAGGUCAGAUUGUGUGUACAGUUUUAUACAGGUAUAUGUAAAUAAAACAGUUUUUAAUUUCA